AUGGCCCUUUCAGUCAAAGGCAGAACUGCCAUCGUCACUGGUGCAGGCUCUGGAAUCAAUUUCGCUUUCGCCAAGCUCCUUAUUGAAAAUGGAUGUAAUGUCCUGAUUGCAGACUUGACCUUGCGUCCUGAGGCCAAGGCAUUAGUCGAGAAGCAUGCCGGUGGCCCUGCGAGAGCUGUCUUCCAAGAGACCGAUGUUAGCGACUGGACUCAGCUUGAGCGAAUGUUCGAAGUAGCAGAAAAGGAGUUUGGUGAUAUUGAUAUUGUUUGCCCGGGUGCGGGUGUCUAUGAACCGCACUGGAGCAACUUCUGGCGUCCACCAGGCUCAGCCCCAAGCAAAGACUCACCAUCCGGUGGACGAUACGCCCUGGUAGAUAUUAAUGUCACCCAUCCCAUUCGCACAACACAACUCGCGAUUGCGCAUUUCCUAAAGCACCGCGAAAACGGCCGCCCGAAACAUAUCGUACACAUCUCAAGCAUUGCAGGACAAACCGCGACAUUUUCAGCUCCCAUCUAUGUUGCCACAAAGCACGCCAUCAACGGCUUGGUACGGGCGUUAGCCAAGUUGGAGGAUAUCGGCAUCCGCGUUACAGCGGUAGCACCGGGUGUCAUCAAGACUCCUCUGUGGACGGAUCAUCCUGAAAAGCUGAAGAUGAUAGAUACUAGCACAGAUGCUUGGGUGACUCCUGAGGAAGUCGGACAGGUGAUGCUGGCUUUGGUGCAGCAGGAUCAGGUUAGCGAGAUUAUCGGAGAUCGCUCUGGCCGGGGAAAACAAUACCAAAUUAAGGGAGGCACAAUCCUCGAAGUGUCCAAGACGGUGCGGGAAGUGAUGCAGUUCAAUGAUGAGGGUCCUGGGAACCGACCAGGUAACACGGCUUCAGACCAUGCGGCCGUGGAGAGAGAAAGCUUUGGACUUCUUGCGCAGAAAGGAUGGGGGCGAUCGAAGUUGUAA